GGGGCGGCUUUCAGCCGGGACUCGGGGAGGUGAGGGGCAGUCGACAGCGUCACCCCAAGCACCCACGGGGUUGGGGAGCCGGCGGCCCGAGAAUGUUGCUGCUGUGGCCCUGGCUAGUCCUGCUGUGCGGCUCGGCCGCGGGAGGACCCCAGGGCCGCCGCUUCGUGACCACUUUCCUGCAGAACGCGGGGCGGACGUACGGCCGCCCGGAUUUCCGCCUCUACAUCUCGGCCUACGAGACGGACACACGCGUGACCGUGUCCACGCCCCGCGGGCCCUUCCGACGAGCCCUGGCCCUGGGACCCGGCCAGACCCACUGCGUCCGCCUGCCGCCCGCCGUGGAGCUGCGGGGCUCGACCCGCGCCCGGCAGUCGGUGCUGAUCCGCGCCACGCGUGACGUGUCCGUGCUGGCGGUCAACGCGCGGCCGCGCUCGUUGGACACCACCGUGGUGUUCCCCUGCCGCCUGCUGGGGACGCGCUACCUGGUCGUCACGCCUUCGCUGCGCCCCUCCGACCGCCACAAGGAGUUCGCCGUGGUGGCCGAUCGCUGGCCCACGCGCGUGGAAAUCACGGCGCCCUGCGCUCUGGCCUUCGAGGGCCGGAGCCACCCGGCCGGCCGGCCGCUGGCCCUGCGCCUGGGCCCCUUCCAGGCGGCCCAGCUGCAGAGCUCCCACGACCUGUCCGGAACGCGGGUGGCGGCCGGGCGGCCGGUGGCCGUGCUGGCGGGGCACAGCUGCCUGCGGGCGGCCGGAGACUGCGAGCACGCGUCAGAGCAGCUGCUGCCGGUGGGUCGCUGGGGCCGGGCUUUUGCGGUGCCUCCGUUCGCCCCGGCGGCGACCGACCCCGUGCCCCCCGCCUCCUCCCCCGCCGCCGGCCCCGUCCCGGGCGACCGGGUGUACGUGGUGGCGGCGGCGGCGGGGCGACUGCGCCUGUGGAGCGGCGGGGUCCGGGGGGCGCGGGUGCUGCGCGCCGGGCGGCCCGUGCGCCUGCGGGUGGACGCUUCGCGCCCCCUCUACCUCCGCGCCUCGGCGCCCGUCGAGGUGCUGUUCCUGGCGGCCGGCGGCGUGCGCCGCGGGGUCCCCUUCGACCCGUUCUUCGCCCUGGUCCCGCCCGUGUCCAGCUUCGGCCGCCGCUACGCGCUGCAGGCCCAGCCGGGGUUCGCCAACGUGGCCGUGCUGGUGGCGCGGCCCGAGCGCUGCGGCCAGAUCCGCCUGGACCGCCGCCCCCUGACCGGCCUCCGCUGGCGGCCCAUCCCCGGCGCGGGCUACGCCUGGACCGAGCUGGGCUACGGGCACGGGGCCGGGGCCGGGGCGCACCGGCUGGAGGCGGCCGGGGCUCCCAUCGGGGUCAUGUGCUUCGGGACGGCGGAGCGGGCGGGCUACGGGAGCCAAGCCAUCCAACAGGGCGUCGUCCACCCGUUACCCGGACCGGAACCUCUGCCCUUACCCCCACCCCGACCUCUCCCACCCGAGAUUCUGCCCCUGCCGGAGGGGCCGCCGCUGCCCCCGCCGCUGCCCCCGCCGCUGCCCCCGCCGCUGCCUCCGCCGCCGCCCGCGGCCCCGUCCUCGCUGCUGCCCGCCCCGGGGGCGGGUACGUGCUGGGCGGCCGGGCUACCCCACUACCACACCUUUGACCGAGUCCACUUCGACGUGAGCGGCACGUGCACGUACACCGUGUCCCGGAGCCGGGGGGUCCCCGAGGCCAGGCUCCCGGCCUUCCGGCUCUGGGCCAAGAGCGAGGCCGGCGGCGGCUGGCAGAUGUCCAUCUGCUUCGUGACCCUCAACAUGUUCGGCUACACCGUCACCGCCGCCAAGAACGAGCACGGCUUCGUCAGGGUGAACAGUCAGCGGCUCCGCCUGCCCGCCAGCCUGGGGCGCGGGCGGCUGCGGUUGUGCGUGCGCGGUCGGCGCCUGUGGGCCGAGGCGUCCGGCGGGCUGCAGCUCCUCUACGACUGGAGCCACCACCUGGAGCUGCGACUCCCGCCGACGACCUAA